CUGUUGCUGGUAACACUUAUUUUUUGUAAUAAUAGCAAAGAUAAAUAGUUGUUGUUUCUAAUUAUUGAUCAUAACAAUUUAUCGUCAAGUUGAUUUCUAAUUGUUUUGUUGUGUAAAGUUAAUCAAAAUGAUGGAGAAACCAAUUCCAACCAAAUAUCUUCCGUUAAUCAUUUCACUUAUGCACAGUUUCCCAAAUGAAACCAAUGAUUUUAAUAAGAUUUACUAUCGUCCAACUUUAUCUAAUUACAUUGGUCCAAUUGUGACAAUUUACUUAAUUAUCUUCAUUUUUUCUCAAAUUUUUACAUUUUUAAUGAUAAAAAGGAUAAUCACCUAUCAAAGGUCAUUCUCAGUCUACGGACGGACACCGUUUGACCCUCUAUUAGCUGUUGGUUUUAACGAUUUUUUCAUUAAAGGGAUACUUGUUUUACCAUUUUCUGUGAUCAUUUUAAUUACAAUUAACUGGACCUAUGGUUCAUUUUUGUGUUUCACUUUUCCCAUGUUACAAGAUUCAUGUUUCCAUGUAACAUCAAUCACCUAUGUGAUUAUAUUUUCCCGUCGAUACAAAACAAUAUCAAAAAUAGUUCUAAAUGAAAAUUUUACUUCUCUAACCAAAUACGAAUAUGUGAUCUCAUCGUUUUGGGUUUUCACGAUUGCCUGGACUAUUUGUACCUUAGGGUCACUUCCGUACUCCUGGUUUAUUGUUCACAUACCAAUAUCACCUUAUUUAGCUGGUCAUCAGUUUGCCAAGGCUGCUGUUUGCUCAACUAAUCCCACAGGUAAUACCAAGGAGUACAUCAGAAUCCUAUUUCUUACCUAUUAUGUGACACCAAUUGCUAUGGUUUUGUCUUAUCAUUCAAAGAUUACAACUUGCAUGAAGAAUUGGCAACAAUUGUUUAAUCUUUCACCAACAAUUAACCUCUCAUCUUUAUCAACAAUUAAAGUGACCCGAUGUAAUUCAUCAGCAACUGGACCUCCUUCAUCACCACGAACACGAACCAGUGUGACCACGACAACCGAUUGUUAUGAAGUUACCGUUAUAGAUGAAGAUAGUAAUGAAAUUAAUAUUAACUGUGAUUCUAAUUUAGUUGAUAAUAGUAAGGGAAGGGUAAGUGAGAACAAUUCACCUUCCUAUCAAUCACAAAUAUCUCCCAAACAAACAAAUAAUCGCCUCCUUCAACCCAAUCAUUUCACCUACUCUGCCAAUCGAGAUCGAGGUAGUUCAAUAGUUCAAUCGUUGGUUCCAUCAACGUCUCGAUCAAUCACCAUGUCGUCAACAUCUUCCAUUUCAAAAUCAACAUCAAUUUUACCUCAUUUCUUUCUGGAGCAAUCGUUUCACAGAAUUCUGGUGAUAAUGUUCACUGUCCAUGGAUUAACACUUCUUCCAAUUAAUAUACUUCGUAUAUGGAAACAUGUUGUUGUGGAAAACAAUGAGAAUGGUUCCUUAUUUGAUAUACUAUUUAUUACCUUUGUGGCGAUUAAAUAUUCAUCGGUUCCAAUAUCUUCAUCGUUGUUUUACUUUUGGCAACAUCGACAUCGCAUUUUGAUUGAAAUUUGCUUGCAAACCCAUCAAAAUGAUCACAAACUAUCAACAAAAUCAAAAACUUCUAGAGGUAAAAGAUCAACAAGUGAAAGUUACAAUGGAUUAGAAUUGGAAAGUAGUUCAGUUUGACCAACAAUCAAAACUGUAACGGUAUUUUAUUCUUAAUCUUAUUAUAUCAAAAUCUGAGGAUUAAUAGUACAUGUAAAAUUUUCUAGAAUUUAAUGAGUAACAUUGAUGAAACUCUGUUUAAUCUUCUUUUCUUCAAUGACGAUUCUUCCUUUCAAUUUAACUUCUAAUAAUUUGCUAAUAACAAUUGAGUUUCAAAUGAAUAUUUUUAGCGCACAAAAUAAAUUCGGACUAUUAAUCGUCUAAUCAAAUGAAAGUGUAAUCCAAAACCCAGAAUUUUGUGUAGUAAUAAUAAAAGAGAUAUCAAAAAAAUCUAUUCUAUUCUAACGAUUCAUCCACAUCCCUUGGCGACUUCAAAGUCUAUUUCUCAUGCAAUUUUAUCUCCAUCAUGUAACUGUUAUCUAAAAAGUUCUUUUGUUAUUAAUAUGAGAUUUUUUUUCUCUUCUAUUCGAAAUUUUACUUGUUCUUCUUCUCUGU